AUGGAACAAAAUUGCCUUCCCGAAGAUCUAGAAUCUUCACCAAGGAUAUUCUAUCAGUUUGUUGUUACACAACAGAUGUUCUAUCAUACUUCGCUGUCCUUCGCAUUCGUUAACAUAAAACCACUUCUUCCAGGACAUGUUCUGGUUUCGCCAUGCCGAAUCGUUCCUCGGCUCUCUGAUCUUACGCGCGAAGAAGUUACGGAUCUUUUCAUCACAGUUCAACGUGUUGGAAGGAUGCUUGAAAGAGUUUAUUCGGCAUCUGCCCUGAACAUCCCCAUACAGGACGGGUGGGAUGCAGGCCAGAGUGUCCCUCACUUGCAUGUUCAUCUUGUCCCGAGAACGCCAUCAGAUUUGGACUCAGAAGGUGGGCCUGAUGCUAUUUAUGAUAGAUUAGAGGGAGUCGAUGGCGAUCUGAUGCAACAGUUUCGUCGCUUGCGGCCACGGCAACCAAAUGUAGACGAAGACUCAUUGGAAGCGAGGAGCGUUGAAGUCAUGAAACAAGAAGCAGAUAUGUUGAGACUGGAGAUGCAGAGAGAUCUGACCUCUACAAAAACUGGCUAG